UGUCUACUGCUUUGAAAUAAUUCAAUUAAUAGAAUUUACUAGAUAAAGCAUACCAUGAUCUGCAAUUACAGAGGUAAUAUACCACAUGGAUGUACAUGGACAACGCCAACCAACACAUCCGGCCUAAUCCAGACACUCUGAUUGGCCGCCUGGGGUUGGGCCACUGUCACGACGUCAUGUUUGACAAAACUCCACAUGAAGCAAACAAUUUAAUCUUCUUUUGUUCUUUUCCAUUCCUUUCCUCUCAUCUGCAAUCCCAUCGUAUAUGAGCCACUCUCAUCUAUCGCAAGGGAUCUCCGAUCAUUUUGAUCUCUAUUACCACACCCAUAGAGCAUUCUCCUUCUCAAUAGCUCUCUCCCUCCCCAUCAUGGCCUGUCCACUCACCGUCAGCAAAUUCGUGGGCACUGUCUCCCUCGGCCUUCUAACCGGCCUCUCCUACUCCGCCUCAACCGUAACCAUUCCAUCUCUAUCCCUCCUGCCCACCUCCGCCAACGCAUCCCGCUCCCUCCGCGAAGUAAAGCGCCUGAACCGCAAACAUGGGCUCCGUCUAACCAACCUCGCCAAUGGCUGCCUCCUCUUCGCAUACUGCGCCUCGCCGAAACAUCGCAAACACCCCUACCUGAUGUGGAUGGUCGCCACUUCCAUUAUGGGCACCUAUGGCGCGGACUACUUCUUCCACCGGUCGAUGGGCUUCAAGGCGUGGGUCCGGAGUUUCGUCCAGGACGUCGGCUGCGCAUCGUUCUGUCGCAAGAACACCCAGAAGAAGGAAGAGGAUCUUGUCGUCGUGGAGGCUGAGGAGAAUGUGAACGGCGAGAGUGUGCAGCGGGAGAUGGAUACGGAGCGGAGGUUCCAGUGCGUGCGCGCUGUUUUCUCGGGCCUUGCGCUUGCGAUGGGUAUUGUUGGACUUUGGGGGGAUAGAAAAUAGAUGGGAAGGGUUUGGUUUGUUUGCAUGGCCAUUGGGGGUUUUCUUUUUUCAUUUGUUAAACUUCUGACUUUGAUGGUGGUUUUGUAUACCUGGGAAGCGGUGUAUCUCCUCUCCGUUUUUUGUUUCUUCUUUGGUUCGCGGCGAUAACUCUAUAAUGUAUGUUAUGUAUAUUGACAGCGCAAUGACAUUGCUGGGACUCAGUGCCGACUGCAGUUUA